AUGUCUUUCUGGAGCACCUACCGCUCCCUCGCGCCGAAAACGAGAGUCCUCUUCGGAAUCGGUCUCAUGGCCUGGGCAUCUGUCGGGCUUUGGACCUCGCCGCAAGUAGAAGGUGCAUUGGGUAUGGCAGCGACAAAAGAACAACAGGAAGAAUUGGACCGUAAAAUGGCGAUCCGCGUCUCCAGGGUUGACAAGGAGGGGAAUUGA